AUGAUGACAGAAGGUGCAAGAAGAAAGCGUUCAAAGACCGCAUGUUUAAAUUGCUCUAAAGCACAUGCAUCAUGUGAAGAAAAACGACCUUGUAGUCGUUGUGUCAUGAGGGGUGUCGACGAUACAUGUAUUGAUAAACCUCGUAAAAAAAGCAAGUAUAUGCAUGGGAUAAAUGAAAAGCAAAUAUUGCUUCCAGUGCCGGUCCCAACCUAUUUUGAAAGUGCGUUAGGUGAAAGAACCAAUGAGAUUGUAAGCAGUGGAAUUGAUUUAUUCUCUAAUCAUAUACCGUUAGUUCCAUACAGAAACAAAACGGUCAAUUCCAAUUUUCUAAGGGAUGAUAAAACGAACCAAUAUGAGUUGACAGCCAAGAAGUUCACAUUCCCCGAUAUACUAGACAACAUUAAUACGGAAUCCGAUGGUCAUGAUAUCUCAUUGAGUUUGAAAUGUGAAGAAAGCGUCGAUGGACCAGUCAGAUAUUACGAUAAUCCACUCUGGGAACAUUCGUUACGGUAUCGACGAAGUAUUGAUAUCUAUGAACUCGUGAACAGACCUCUUUCACACACCCCGGGGUUCCACCAUUUAUUCAAUUAUUUGAGCAAGAGGCUCCCUCGUGACAAAUUGAUCCAGAUCAGUAAAGAAUUGAGUGAGUUCAGACCGAUCUUCUUUGAAUGUUCUAUAGAACUGACCGAGCAAGAUCUAAUCUUCAUGGAGCAAGGAUACCAGAGAACGCUACUUGAGUACAGUAAGAUGAUCUUCAAGUCCGGAACACCUACAUGCAUCUGGAGGAGGAACGGACAGAUAUCGUUCAUCAACGAAGAGUUUGAGAUCCUCACAGGGUGGAAACGACAACAAUUAUUGGGGAAGAUGACAUUUAUUGUAGAAAUAUUGGACGAUGACAGCGUGGUAGAUUACUUCAAAACAUUUUCAAAGAUUGCAUACAAGGAAUACAAAGGGUCUGAAGUGAUGUACAAUUGCAAAAUUCUUACCAGCGUAAAAGAGGCAAAGAUGAAUUGCAACUGCAUCUGGACGCUGAGAGAAGAUUUUACAGGGCUUCCUCUAAUGAUUGUUGCCAACUUCAUGCCUCUGUUAUAG